AUGGGUAAAUCCCGGACCGACCUACCCGGCAGAGACGACGUACGACCCAUUCCAUGCUUUGGCCGUGUCACUGGGGCAAAGCAACCUCGCACAGUCCGCGGUCCAACAACUCGGCCCAGCCCACACCGUGGCCGUCCAGACCCAUCCCGGCCCAAGCAACUCGACCGCUACUUCGUCACAGCAAUACGGUCAGAACAAUCUGGCCGUUUCACCAUUACAUACGUCGUUAUUGCCGUCAGGCUCCCAUCUUCAGUACGGUUUGGUCAUUCCAACUACGAGCCAUACAAACCCCGGUCAAACCUGUGGCGCAUAUCUAGUACCAGCCAGCUCGGUCGCAACGGCCGAACCUCCCGUUCAAGUGGCCCAGCAGGCAAGGCCGCAGAACGAGGGGCAAUAAGUCCCAUGGCUAGUCGCGGCCCAGCAAGAGGCACCCCUCAGGGGCUCCGAUUCGAAGACGUCCGGCGAAUGAUCGAGGACGGCCUGGCUCAGAGGCGCCCGGAAGCACCAAGGUAUACCAAACCAUACCCGCCAGAAAUUGAUCGAACCCCGCUUCCUCGGAACUACCGGUUGCCAGAAUUCAUUCUAUUCUCUGGGGAUGGGCAGACCUCCUCCAUCGAACACAUAGGCCGCUUCACGGCCCAGUGCGGGGAGGCCGAUUCGGACACCCAGAAGCUCCGUUUAUUCAUUCACUCUCUGACCGGCGCGGCCUUCUCGUGGUUCAUAAACUUUCCGCCGAAUUCGAUGAGGGAUUGGUCUGACAUGGAAAGGAUAUUCCACGAACAUUUCUACCGGACCAAUCGGGAAAUAACGGUCGCCGAGCUGGCAAUGAUGAGCUAG